GUUGACUCCUCGAUUUUCUGUAGCUUUUCUUGUCGUGUUUGUGCAUUUAGUUGUAAAAAUGCCACUUAAAUUUGAAUUAUGUCCCGGCCGCAUGAUCGGAGGAAACAAUCCGUGCUUCAUUAUUGCAGAAAUCGGACAGAAUCAUCAGGGAGACAUUGAGAUUGCCAAGAAAAUGAUCAAAAUGGCAAAGGACUGUGGUGCGGACUGUGCAAAGUUUCAGAAGAGUGAGCUGGAGUAUAAAUUCAAUAAGAAAGCUCUUGAACGGCCAUACACCUCAAAACACUCCUGGGGGAAAACAUACGGAGAGCAUAAGCGACACCUGGAGUUCAGUCAUGAGCAGUACAGGGAGCUGCAGCAGUACGCUAAACAAGUGGGCAUCUUCUUCACUGCGUCUGGAAUGGACGAGAUGGCUGUAGAAUUCCUCCAUGAACUCGAUGUGCCUUUUUUCAAAGUUGGAUCUGGCGACACCAACAACUUUCCUUACCUCAAGAAAACUGCCCAAAAAGGACGCCCCAUGGUAGUGUCCAGCGGGAUGCAGUCCAUGGAAACCAUGCAGAACGUUUAUAAGAUUGUGAAGGAGCACAAUCAGAACUUUUGCAUCCUGCAGUGCACAAGUGCAUAUCCACUUGAACCUGAGGACGUCAACCUGCGGGUUAUCACGGAAUAUCAGAAAGAAUUCCCAGACAUUCCCAUCGGUUACUCGGGUCAUGAAAGUGGGAUCAACAUCACAGUCGGGGCAGUUGCUCUGGGAGCCAAAGUUGUGGAGCGGCACGUGACCCUGGAUAAGAGCUGGAAAGGCAGUGAUCAUGCAGCGUCUCUGGAACCAGAAGAGCUGGCUGAGCUGGUGAGGUCCAUCCGCAUUGUGGAGAGAGCUUUGGGCACUGGACUGAAACGCAUGCUGCCAUGUGAGGUGCCAUGCCAUGAUAAGCUCGGAAAGUCGGUGGUGGCAAAGACCUCCAUUCCAAAAGGUACAGAACUCACCCUUGACAUGCUGACAGUGAAAGUAGCUGAACCCAAGGGUGUAGCUCCAGAAGAAAUCUUCCAGCUGGUGGGGAAGAAAGUGACCACAGAUGUGGAGGAGGACGAGAGCAUUACUGAAGAUGUAGUCGACAGCUAUGGCAAAAAAGCUAAAGCUUGAGGAAAGCAUGUGAUCCUUGAUCAAACUGCAAAAAAAGGUUACAUGUUUCAGUGCCCUGAUUAAAAUCAAGUUUUGUUUUUGAGGCAAAGACAAAUUCUACAAUACAACAAAUACUGUGUAUGAAGCCAGACUUGUUUAUAUAAUGCAUUAUUUGCCAAAUACUGUUGAAUAAAUAAUGGAUUAUAAGACAAUG